UGGCGACGUAGGCCUACAUUUUUAUUUUAAGCAGUGAUCAUAAACAUUUUGAAGACUAGAGAAGGGAUAUUGCAGAUCUUGUAUUUCGUCAGUUAUGGAUGUGAAAUUCCUCUCUCUGCCAUCACGGGCUUCUCUCUCCUCCCUCCCACAUCAACAAACACCGCCAGGCAAUCCCGAGUUUGUAUCACUGACAGCGAAGUACACGUGCAUUAUCUGCGGAGGUGUCCUCAGAGACGCGGUGCAGACGAGAUGUGGACACAGGAUGUGUGGUCAAUGUGGGGACCAGUUACUGUCCAGUUGUCCGGAGAACAUCAAGUGUCCGGCAGAUGACGAGUCGUGUGUGUUGCUGAAUGAGACGGAGAUACACGGGGACUUCAGUGUAAGGAAAGAAGUUCGUAACUUAGAGGUGUACUGCACUCUCCGCCAAGAAGGAUGUAAGGAGCUGCUAGCGUGGAAAGAUUUGGAGCAUCAUGUGACCAUCUGUGAUUACAAACCAUCGUCCUGUAAAUACAACUCAUAUGGUUGUCAGAAAAUAAUCCCACGGAAGGAGGUUGAAUAUCACGCCAAAGAUUGUGAAUAUCGAACUAUAUUGUGUGAAUAUUGUUCCCGAGAAUUGCCGCUUAAUUCCCUAAAGAAACACGAGGAUAUAGAAUGUCUUGGUAUCAUAAUUCCUUGUAAAUACAAUUGUGGAAAGCAACCCAGUCCACGAGUGGAGAUGGCAGUCCACAUUGAGAAUGAGUGUCACAAUAGACCACGGUUCUGUAAAUAUCGGACAAUCGGAUGCGAUUUCAAGGGUUCAGAGGAAGAUCUUAAAAAGCACAGCCAAGACUCCCAGGAUCUCCACCUUCAGAUGAUCGCUUUACGGUCACAGGAAGUGGGCGUAGACGCCGUUCAAAGCAGAGGGAAACUACAGGAACUUUCAUCAACUAUAGAAAGGUUAUCGGAAAUAAUGAUGGAACAUUCUAAGCAGAUGGAGUCCUUUAAAACCGUCGCCGAAGUUUUAAAAACAGCUGUAAAGGAUAUCAAGCUGAAAGCAGUAUCACAGACAGAGAGGCUAAUAAGUUUAGAAAGAAAGAUGGAAAAUAUAUCGGACAGAGACGAGUUUGAGAAACAGCAUAAAGAGAUGUUGAUGUUGAAAGAGAGACAAUGGAACACAGAACAACGUGUAUCACAUCUUGAGGAGACAGGGCACAUGACAAGAAGUGGUGGAAAUGCAGACUCUGUUCAAUCCAAAGUCCAACAACACGAUCGUCAACUGGCUUUAAUUGACACACGUUACGCAGAGAUGGAUCUCAAGAUGCAGGUCAUGGAAACAGCUAACUUUAAUGGAGUGUUAAUGUGGAAAAUCCGGGAUUACGGCAGACGGAAACAAGACGCCAAGACAGGAAGAACAAUCUCUUUAUAUAGCCAGCCAUUCUAUACGGGACGUUUUGGGUACAAACUGUGUGCUCGAGUUUAUCUAAAUGGGGACGGUGUGGGAAAAGGCACACACAUGUCUUUGUUCUUUGUCGUCCAAAGAGGUGAAUAUGACGCGUUGUUACCAUGGCCAUUCAAACAGAAAGUGACACUGAUGCUGUUGGAUCAAGAGAAGGGAACGCGCCACAUAGUUGAUUCCUUUAGACCGGAUGUAACGAGUUCUAGUUUCAAGCGCCCGACGAUGGAGAUGAAUAUAGCUUCCGGUUGUCCACUAUUUGUAAGUCAUUCGGUACUGGAGUCUCCGACAUAUCUAAGGGACGACACUAUCUUUAUCAAGAUUGCAGUGGAUAUCGAUGAUUUGAAACAACAUUAGAUGAGUGUCGAAUAAGUAAAAUACGAUGCUAAAAGUUGAACAUUCAGGCUAUAUAGAUUAAAGACAUUGCACGGGUGACGAAAAAUAAUAAAUGCUUAAGAGCGAGACCCACUCCUUCCCGGUACACGCAACUCAUCCACAGAAACAAAUAUGUGCGCUAGGCUUUACAAAGAUUAUAAAUGUUGCGCACAUUGGAAUCUAAAUUUCAUACUAACAACGAUUGAUUUGUAUGCUCUGUGUUAUAUUGCAAUAAAAGGUGUAUCUCUGAUCAGUGACA